AUGUUUCGCAACACAUACCAAUCCGGGUUCCUCUCUAUAUUAUAUGCAGUUGGAUCAAAGCCGCUGCAGAUCUGGUCAAAGACAGUCAAGAAUGGCCACAUAAAGCGCAUUACAGACCCAGACAUACAGUCGUGCGUUCUGGAAAUCAUGGGGACCAAUGUGGCAACAAACUACAUAACGUGCCCUGCAGACCCCAAUGAUACACUCGCAAUUAAGCUGCCCUACCUUGUUAUGCUUAUAAAGAACAUGAGAAAGUAUUUUAGCUUCGAGGUGCAGAUCCUUGACGACAAGAACAUCAAGCGACGCUUCCGAGCAAGUAACUACCAGAGAACUACGCGUGUCAAGCCGUUCAUCUGCACUAUGCCCUUGUGCCUUGGCCCGGGCUUUAACCAAAUACAGUUCAACCUCACCGACUUCACAGCCAGAGCGUACCGUACAAAUUACAUCGAAACGACAAGAAUGACUGUGCAUGCAAACUGCCGUAUCCGUCGCAUCUACUUCGCAGAUUCCUUGUACGAGGAAGACGAGAUACCGCCUGACUUCAGAAUGUAUGUAGACCGCAAAGCAAAGACUCCCUCUGUGUAG